AUGGUGAACGCCGUGCUUACAACCGUCGUGGCGGCCCUCGGGGGUCUUCGACUCUGCGCCGCCCAGAGCGAGUACACGAACGAGACAGACCCUUACUACGGCCAGAGCCCUCCUGUCUAUCCCACUCCCGUGGGAAAUGGUACUACGAAUGAUGCCUGGGCGUUGGCCUACCAGCGCGCAAAGGCCCUCACUACGCAGAUGACCGUUGAGGAGCUCGCCAACUUCACCCAUGGUUGGACGGGUCUCUGUACGGGCAACACCGGUUCGAUCCCCCGUCUCGGCAUCGAGCCUCUGUGCCUUCAAGACGGACCGGACGGCGUGCGCGCGCAGGAGUUCGUCUCUGCUUUCCCAGCUGGCAUCCAUCUCGGCGCCGCGUUCGACCGCAACCUAUCCUACCAAUACGGCGAGGCCCUCGGUGCCGAGUAUCGCGGCAAGGGCAUCAAUGUCGGUCUCGGCCCCGUCGGCGGGCCCCUCGGCCGCAUCGCCCGCGGCGGGCGAAACUGGGAAGGCACAAGCAACGACCCGUACCUCGCCUCCAUCAGCGUCGGCGAAAUCACCAAGGGUAUGCAAGACGCCGGCACCAUCGCGUGCCCAAAGCACUGGAUCCUCAACGAGCAGGAGUACCGCCGCAACCCAGAGACGGGGCUCGGCGAGGCCGUGAGCUCCAAUGUCGACGACCGCACACUGCACGAACUCUACGUGUUCCCCUUCAUGGACGCCAUCCGCGAGGGCGCGGCGUCGGUGAUGUGCUCGUACCAGCGGUCCAACAACUCGUACGGCUGCCAGAACUCGAAGCUGAUUAACGGCGUGUUGAAGGGCGAGCUUGGGUUUGAAGGCUUCUUGGUGUCUGAUUGGGGCGCGCAGCAUUCCGGCGUAGCGAGCGCGAACGCAGGCUUGGACCUCGUGAUGCCCAGCGAAGGCUUCUGGGGCGCUUCCCUCGUCGAAGCCGUCAACAAUGGCAGCGUCGCACAUGAGAGAAUCGAGGACAUGGCCACUCGCAUCUUGGCUGCGUGGUACUACACAGGCCAAGACGGCGCGGACUACCCCGCGGUCGGAGUCUACUCCAACCUGCAGAAGCACGCACCCGUGGACGUGCAGAACGGACACAAGGCCCUCAUCCGCGAGAUCGGUGCCGCCGGAACUGUGCUCGUCAAGAACGUGAACGGCACUCUUCCCCUGAAGAGCCCCAAGUUCCUGACCGUCUAUGGCUACGACGCCGCCCUGCCCCCGAGCCCGUGGGCCAGCACCAGCUACGGCCCUGGCUUCGGCACCGACGAGAUCAACACGUACAAUGGAACCAUCAUUGCCGGCGGCGGUUCGGGUAUCACUACCCCGCCGUAUGUGAUCAGCCCCUUCCAGGCCAUCCAGGACCGCGUCAUUGCGGAUGGGGGUAUUGUCAAGUGGGACUUUUACUCUGAGAACCCAAGCCCGGCGUACGUCAACACGGAGGCAUGCUUUGUGUUUAUCAAUGCGUGGGCAUCCGAGGGAUACGACCGUCCUAGCCUGAAGGACGACUUCAGCGACAACCUCGUCAACAAUGUCGCGGCAAACUGCCCCAACACCAUUGUCGUGCUUCACUCGGCCGGAACCAGAGUCAUCGACGCCUGGGUCGACCACCCCAACGUCACAGCCGUCCUCUUCGCCGGCCUGCCCGGCCAAGAAUCCGGCAACUCCCUCGUCGACAUCCUCUACGGCGACGUCAACCCCAGCGGCCGCCUGCCCUACACCGUCGCGCACGCCGAGAAAGACUUCGGCGCCCUGCUCAACUCCAGCGCCGAGACCGGUCCCUUCCCGCAGGACGACUUCACCGAGGGCCUCUUCAUCGACUACCGCGCCUUCGACAAGGACGACAUCGCCCCCCGCUACGAGUUCGGCUUCGGGCUGUCGUAUACCACCUUCGCCUACUCCGCCCUCGCCUCCGCCCCCGUCGGCAGUCCCGUCGCCGGCCUCCCGGACGCGGGCGUCGCGACCGUGCAGGGCGGCCACCCGCAGCUGUGGGAGGAGGUGUACUCUGUGACCGCGCAGGUGCAGAACACGGGCGAUGUGGCCGGCCAUGAGGUCGCGCAGCUGUACGUGGGCAUUCCCGUUGAAGGCACGCCGAUUAGGCAGCUCCGCGGGUUUGAGAGGGUGUACCUCGAGGCUGGCGCGAGCGCGACGGUGGAGUUCAAGUUGGUGAGAAGGGAUCUGAGUUUCUGGGACGUUGUUGCGCAGCAGUGGCGGUUGCCCGAGGGAGAGUUUGACGUGUGGGUUGGCGCGAGUAGUCGCGAUUUGAGGCUGAAUGGCACUUUUACUAUUUAG